UUGCACAACGAAGAAGAUGCUUCCUCCGCCGUUGAGCAGCAGCCCUGCACGUCCGCCUCGGCCGGAGAGGAGCAGAGGGAGACCCGGGCCGGCGCGGCCGCCGCUGGCGCCACAGGGGAGGCCGACGCACCGCCGCCUCCUUACGCCUCCAUCGACCUGGGGGCGACCGCCGCAGCGCCGGAGAGCAGUUUCCAAGGCGACUUCCCCGUCCCGCCGCCCUACAGCGUCGCCACGUCUCUGCCGACCUACGACGAAGCGGAGAAGGCUAAAGCGGCCGCCCUGGCGGCCUCCGCCGUGGAGGUGUUGCCCCGGGACGACGACUUCCCCCCCAGAGACGACUUCAGCGACGCCGACCAGCUCCGAGUCGGGAACGACGGGAUCUUCAUGCUGGCUUUUUUCAUGGCCUUCCUGUUCAACUGGAUCGGCUUCUGCCUGUCCUUCUGUCUGACCAACACCAUCGCAGGGCGCUACGGGGCCAUCUGCGGCUUCGGCCUGUCCCUCAUUAAGUGGAUCCUCAUCGUCAGGUUCUCUGAUUACUUCACCGGCUACUUCAAUGGCCAGUACUGGCUCUGGUGGAUCUUCCUGCUGCUGGGCCUCCUGCUGUUCUUCAGGGGUUUCGUGAAUUACCUGAAAGUGCGCAACAUGUCGGAGAACAUGGCCACGUCACACAGAACGCGCCUCUUCUUCCUCUACUGAGAGUUCCCACGCAGACGGCAUUCCUUUCCAGCGCAGUUCCUUCCCUCGCCGCUCGCAUGACCUGACCGAGGAGCCCGACAGCGACGAGAGGAAGCGGGGGGAGGAAUGAAGGCGAGAUGUAGGGAGAGUGUUACCGCUUUAAUCCGUUUAUUUUUUUUAUUUAUAUAUAUAUAUAUAUAUAUAUCUCACAACCCGACCCACGAAGAAGUCUACGCUUCUGGACUGAGCCACAAAACAGCCCCUUUUUUUUGACAAAAUCCCCGGAAACAAGUCUUUUUCUUUUUCCCCAGUCCGCCUUUGCUUGUGUUGUUUCAUGAAGCGCAACGACGAACAAUCGAGCAGCAAAGGAUGAAGCACUGGUGAACGAAUUCCUCUAAUUCUGCGUAUUAAGUGUGAAGAAGCGCUAAGAGAAACUUAAGGAAACAGCCCUUGUCCCUGAAGUCUGCCACAGGAAGUCGUGCUGAACUAGUCUUACUUUAGCUGUGACGUAGCGCCGUUUUCUAGUAUAUGUGUAACUCCCAGAAUGCACCACCUGUACCAGGAUCUAGUUUCUGGAUCAACCGGACCUAAUUCAAAGGAAAAGUCCUCUUAGGCGCCCCGUUUGUUUUCAAACCUUUAAGAUCUGAGCCGACCUCCGGGUUCUAAGGUAGGAUCGGAUCUUAAAGGUUUGGAUCGGAAAGGCUCGGCUAUCUGACGGCGGACGCCCGAUUAACCCCCGGAGUCAGAGCUAAUUCAAUUUCCUGAGCUAACCAGCGAAAGCGUCUCGGAUAAAAGUGUUUUUUAAGCUGCACAAGGUCUCAUCGGGUCGGGGCGACCCUCCCGGUUCUGGCGCCGUGGCUGAAAAGCUUUGCUUCUUUUUGUUGUGUUUUUUUUGUUGGUUUGGAUUUGAAAACGCUCUCUGGAGUCUUAUGCAAUCGAGCUGUAAUGAAUUUCACACGUCGUGACUGUAAGGUCGUGCGCCGGUGAAGUAGACAUAGCUGAUUUAGCGAGCGUUCUUUUGUUUUUUUUUUUUUUUUUUUUUUUUCC